GUGACUGCUAUGGAUACAUACUUUUCAAAUUCAACCGGUAUUGCUAAUGAAAAAUUCACUAUGCUUUCGGACGACAAUGCAGAGCCGCUUGUCGAGAAAAAAUGGGAGUCAUCGGAAAGUAAUUCACUCGUUACUUCCAUAAAUAAUCGAAAUACUUUGGAUUCGAAGAAAUCGUCACCGGAUGAUGAUGAUGACUUUUAUGACCCACAAAAUAUCGUCAUCUCAACUGAGUUAGCCCCAAACAAUAAAGUCAACACGACUUGUGAUCUCAAGGAUAAAUUUGUCCGUGAUAAGAAUAAUUCAGUCGUUAAAGUUGAUGUUCCCGAUAAUUUCGUGUCUCCUCGAGCAAAUCCGCCAUCGACCGAUCAAACAACUUUUAUUGCAGAUUUAAAUUCUGAUAUUGACAAGUCUUCAUUAAAUAAAUUAAAUUCGCCAUAUUUCAGCAAAAUUUAUUCAUCUGUCAGCAAUGAUCGUCUUACUCCGCCGGAUGAUGAGGAGAUAUGUUCAAGAUACGCCUUCGCUUCUUCGGAUCAUAUUAGUGACAAACAAGCAAUUCAUUCUUCUGUUGCGUCAGUCGAUGCUGGUGUUAAUUUGGACACUAUUACGCCACCGAUUAGCCCUAAAAAUAUGCUGUUGAAUUUGAGACAAAGGACACCAAUCUAUAAAUGCGGAACUCUAAAUGAUGACACCUUAAGUAUUCUCGCAAAUCAUUAUCUUCCUCUUGAAGAUAAACAUAAUAAAACGGAGUCAUUAGUUGUUGCUCAAGAAAGUGCUGGUGUUCUCUAUUUCCAACCGUAUCCUAGCGAAGAUGACAUGAAGAAUUCAUUUGAUAGGUUUGGAAAAGGAUUGCCAAAAUUAGUGGCCGAAUCAACCAAGAAAUUAUCUAUUUUUUCGACUCCAUCGAAAUUCGGCAACUCGUGGGGAGGAAUUCCUUCUCGAUGGUUGUACAUAUCUAACUUACCUAAAGAUAUAGAGAUUUGUACGCUGAAAGAAAUUAUCCAGCCACAAGGAGAAGUGCACAAUAUCCUUUCUAAAUUUCUGCGCACCCAUGGGUAUGUUUACGCUGUCUUCUUUGACAUACGUGUCGCUAUUAAAGCUCGAAAAAAGCUUCGUACACAAGUAAUUAAAGGAAGAUAUUUGAAUGUCGAGUUUUGCUCUCGUCCAUUCGUGGAAAAUUCACCCAGAUCAGAGGAUUUUAGACCUGGAAAAUUGGAUAAUGAAGCCUCCCUUAUAAUCAGUAUACUUGGAAAAAGACUCCCCGAGGCUGUAAUAAUGAAUGAAAUGGAAAUUUAUGGAGAAAUCCGCUCAUUAACACCAAUCAAGUCGAAAACUUGUCAAAAAUUUAUGAUUGAAUACUUCGAUACACGUGACGCCCUCGAUGCAAAGGAGAUUAUGGACUGCAGAAAAAUUAGGAAAGCGACUAUCAAAAUUGAUUAUUACAAUUAUGAUUCGUGUUCUUGGGAAAGGGUAUUCAAUAUCUUGCGUCAGAAUAGAGAAGAACAGUCGCUCCAAGUUGAUAAUUUUCAAUUUGAAAGUAGCGCUGAUUGCGAAUCCUUGGCUAAUGGAAAACAAAUUUCAAGCAUGUCAAGUUUGACUAGACCAAAUGGAAUUGAUGCGAUUAAUACAGUUGAUGAAGGUUUCAAAAAGAGUGGAAAGAGGCAAAUGGGGCCCAAUAAUAGCACGAUUGUCGUGUCUGGUGAGAAGACAAUUCCUGAUAAGAACACGCUUGAUCUGGAAAGAAUCGCAAGUGGUGAGGAUCAACGCACCACUUUCAUGAUAAGAAACAUUCCGAAUAAGUAUACCCAGCGGAUGUUGCUUGAGACUCUUGACGAGACUCAUAAGAACCAAUAUGACUUUUUCUAUUUGCGGAUGGACUUUAAAAACCGAUGCAAUGUCGGUUAUGCAUUCAUUAAUUUUGUGAAUGCAUGCGCUGUCUUGUCCUUCGCAAAAACUCGGGUUGGAAAGCGGUGGAGUAAGUUCAACUCCGAGAAAGUAUGUGAACUUGCCUACGCCAAUAUUCAAGGCAAGAAAGCUUUGGUCGAAAAAUUUCGGAACAGCAGUGUCAUGGAUGAGCUGCCUGAAUACCGCCCAAAAAUUUUCUUCUCUUCUGGUGCGUUGCGCGGACAGGAACAACCGUUUCCUGAGCCAAACAACCAUCAAAAGAAAAUGAAGUCUUUGGCUGCUCGUGCUGGCAUUACCAGCUCUCCGAAUAGUACUGCUUGA